AUGAUGACUUCAUCACAAAAUAUUGUUGAACAACCGACAAGACCAGCAAUAUCAUCAUUGGAUAUUCCAACAAAUUAUACACUCACAACUGAUCCAAAAUAUAUGAAUUGUACUCAACUUCACAAGAUUAGAGAUCAAAGCCAAUGUGCAGCUUGCUAUGCGUUUGGAGUUGCUGAAAUGGUUGCUGACAGAUAUUGCAUUUCAUCUCAAGGGAAGGUCAAUACCAUUCUUUCACCACAAUUUAUUUUGAGUUGUGAUGAAUAUGAAGGAAAUUGCUAUGGUGGAGAUAUUGGAAAUACUCUUCUCUAUGUUAAAAAUUAUGGAAUUGUUACUGAUAGUUGUCUUCCAUUCCUUGCUAGAAAUGGCUCCAAUCUCAGUUGUCCGAACAAGUGUCUCGAUGGAUCUAAUUGGAAAUUGAGAUACAAGGUAAAGAAUCCAAAUCAAAUUGCUCAAGAUGAUAUUCAAGGAAUGCAACAAAGCAUUUUACAAGGUGGAUCAAUCAUUGCUGCCUUUCAAGUUUAUGAAGAUUUUGCUCACUACAAGGGAGGAAUAUAUGUUCAUACAGGUGGUGCUUACAUUGGUGGACAUGUUGUAAAGAUUGUUGGAUUUGGUGAAACUCCAAGUGGAAUUCCAUAUUGGGUUGUUGCCAAUAGGUAA